UGUGGAAUGACGGAGAAGGAUGGUCACAAAGUGGAAUCCUCAAUUUUUGAUUUUGACAGUGGCGUUAUUUGCCUCUGUUGCUCACGGAUUUAAAAGAGUAUGUUACCAUACAAACUGGGCCCAGUAUAGAACAGCACCAUACAAGUUCUUCCCAGCCGACAUCGAUCCUUCCCUGUGCACACAUAUUAUCUAUUCCUUCGGAAAAGUAGUCGGAAAUAUCAUACAACCUUAUGAAUGGAAUGAUGAAUCUACGGAUUGGUCGAUUGGUAAAUAUGAAGAGACCGCCAACCUGAAGAUGAAGAAUCCUGACUUGAAGAUAUUACUAGCCAUUGGAGGAUGGACUCAUGGCUCGGCACCGUUUACAGCCCUAGUAGACAAAACUCAAAAUAUGGAAACAUUUGCGGCUUAUGCCAUUGAAUACCUGAGGAAAAUAAACUUUGAUGGCCUUGACCUUGAUUGGGAGUACCCAGCAAACAGAGGAAGUCCUCCCGAAGAUAAACAAAGAUUUACUGAUCUAUGUCGUAUUUUGAGAAGAGCCUUUGAAGACGAAGCCAAUCAGUCUGGCCGUAGUCGUUUGCUGUUGACAGCUGCAGUAGCCGCCGGUGAAGAAACAGUUAAUUCAGCUUAUGACAUUGCUGCUAUAUCUCAGGAGCUUGACUUCAUCAACUUGAUGGCGUAUGAUUUACAUGGAAGCUGGGAAAAUUUUCUUGGUCAUAACAGUCCACUGUAUGCACGAAGUGACGAGUCAACAGAACAAAAGACAUUGAAUCAGGACUAUGCCAUAAACCUUUGGCUGAAUGGUGGAACCCCAAAGGAGAAAUUGAUUCUUGGUUUGGGGUUGUAUGGAAGGUCGUUUAAGAUGGGUUCGUCUUCACAUGCUUUAGGAAGUCCAGCAUCCGGUGGCGGUGCAGCAGGCAGAUAUACCGGAGAGGCGGGAUUUCUGUCAUUUUAUGAGGUAUGCCAUAAUCUUGCAAACGGAUGGAGUAGAGAAUGGAACGAUGAACAGCAAGUACCAUACGCCUACAAGGGUGACCAGUGGGUGGGAUAUGACGAUCUACAGAGUAUAACAGUCAAGGCAGAAUAUGUCAAAAAUAAAGAACUUGGAGGUUCUAUGGUAUGGGCAAUGGAUUUAGAUGAUUUUACCAACUCAUGCGGAUUCGGCAUUAAUCCCCUUAUGUCUAAACUCAAGGAACUUCUACCUACUGAUUCUGUAGUUCCAACAGGAAAUCCUCAAACCCAAGCACCAUCCUCGUCUAAACCAACUGAGGAACCUUCUACUGCUAAACCAACCGAGGCACCUUCUACUACUAAACCAACUGAGACAGUAUCUACCAAUCAGCCAACACAGUCACCAAACACUGUUGGACCAGAUGCUAACGGUUAUAAACGAGUGUGUUACCAUACAAACUGGGCACAGUAUAGAACAGCACCAUACAAGUUCUUCCCAGCCGAUAUAGAUCCUUCCCUGUGCACACAUAUUAUCUAUUCUUUUGGGAAAGUCGUGGGAAAUACCAUACAACCUUAUGAAUGGAAUGACGAAUCUACAGACUGGUCGGUUGGUAAAUAUGAAGAGACAGCCAACCUGAAGAUGAAGAAUCCUGACUUGAAGGUAUUACUAGCCAUUGGAGGAUGGACUCAUGGCUCGGCACCGUUUACAGCCCUAGUAGACAAUACUCAAGAUAUGGAAACUUUUGCAGCUAAUGCCAUUAAAUACCUAAGGAAUAUAAACUUUGAUGGCCUUGACCUUGAUUGGGAAUACCCAGCAAACAGAGGAAGUCCUCCUGAGGAUAAACAAAGAUUUACACAGCUUUGCAAGAUUUUGAGAAGUGCCUUUGAAGAUGAGGGAAAAAGAAUCGGUAGACCUCGUUUACUUCUUACAGCUGCAGUUGCUGCUGGCGACGGAACAAUUGAAACUGCUUAUGAAAUUGGCUCUAUUUCAAAAGAACUUGACUUUAUCAACCUUAUGGCAUAUGAUUUGCAUGGAAGUUGGGAAAAUUUCCUUGGACAUAACAGUCCAUUAUAUGCAAGGAACGACGAAUCAACCGAACAGAAAAAGUUAAAUCAAGAUUAUGCUGUUAAUCUAUGGCUUAAUGGUGGAACUCCAAAGGAGAAAUUAAUUCUUGGUUUGGGAUUGUAUGGGAGAUCGUUUAAGAUGGGUUCGUCUUCACAUGCUUUAGGAAGUCCAGCAUCUGGAGGUGGUGCAGCAGGAAGAUAUACAGGAGAGGCGGGAUUUCUGUCAUUUUACGAGGUUUGUGAUAAUCUAGCAAAUGGCUGGACCAGGGUAUGGAACGACGAACAGAAAGUGCCAUAUGCAUAUAAAGGUGACCAGUGGGUUGGUUAUGACGAUCUUGAGAGUAUUCAGAUAAAGGCAGAGUAUAUUCGACAAAACGGCCUUGGCGGAUCGAUGGUGUGGGCUAUUGAUUUGGAUGAUUUUACAAAUUCAUGUGGUCUUGGAAGUAAUCCACUAAUGUCUAAACUUAAAGAAAUGUUGCCAGAUAGUAUCGUACAACCAACUAAGGCGACAUCCACUGUUGAACCAACUCAGGCACCAACAACUGCAAAACCCACUCAAGCACCAACCACCGCCCAACCAACUCAGGCGCCAACCACUGCUCAGCCAACUCAAGCACCAACCACCGCCCAACCAACUCAGGCGCCAACCACUGCUAAGCCAACUCAAGCACCAACAACUGCCCAGCCAACUCAAGAACCAACAACUGCCCAACCAACUCAAGCACCAACAACUGCCCAGCCAACUCAGGCACCGACCACUUCACAACCAACUCAAGCACCAACAACUAAAAGUCCUGGAGGGUGUGGAGCUCCAGUUAACUGUGCAAAUGGGAAGUUUUACGUGGAUGCAUGCGAUCCUAAAGUAUAUUAUCAAUGUGGUCAUGGGAUUGCAUACAAAUACAUAUGUGGUACUGGUACUGUAUGGGACUCGAGCAAAAACAUUUGUAACUGGGACUAUAUUGUAAACCCAACAACCCCAGAUCCGUGUGCUCCGAAGGAUUGUAUUGAAGGUCAAAUGUAUGGAGAUAGUUGUGAUGAUCAGAGUUAUUACAUAUGUUUUGGAGGGAAACCGUCGAAACAUACGUGUGCUGAUGGCGCUCUGUGGGAUAGCAGUAUCGAUAAAUGUGAUUGGGAAGACAAAGUUGGUGCUACACGAUGUGCACCUGUGAACUGUGAGAGUGGUAAAUUCUAUGGUGAUAAUUGUGAUGAUAAAGUCUACUAUUCGUGUUGGAAUGGAGUAGCAUAUAGAUAUGAAUGUGCCCAUGGAACUGAAUGGGACGCUUCCAUUAAGAACUGUAACUGGGUCAAGAGACGAAGGUUUGGAUAAAAAGAAAACACAGCAGUACAUAUAACAAAGAAGGUUUCUUUUGAAUAUCUACUUGUGUAUAAACUCAUAUUAUUGCCUGUAAAUAAAAUACUUUAGACAUUCUAUCAAA